AUGGUGCCUGCCGGUUGGUCAUGGUUUACCUGGGUACAGUAUGUCUUGGUGACCAUUGCGCUCUCUGGACCUGUAGUUGGGAAUGGAGUUGGUCAAAAUUCUACACAGUUUGCGGACCGGGCGACCAUAUCGGAGAUGACGCCCCCGGCUCAGAGUAUGCGGGAGAUGGAGGCAGAGCUGUUCCAGUAUCCGAUAUGCGUGGAAACUCGCUGGAGGCGUGGCCCGGAACGACAACCACACCGCACGCAACCGAGUGAUGCGGCUGGGUAUAGCUCCUCGAAAGUAACGUCGACUGCCGCGCCUGGAGGAACUGCAGGUGCAGUUGCCGAGCAAGAUACGGAUCAAGAAGCGGAUGCAGACUCGUUGCUCGACAGUGCGAGCUUUCUAUCCUUCGAGGACUGGAAGAAGCAGAACCUGGCCAAGGUCGGACAAUCAGCCGAAAAUGUCGGAGGGAGCCGGCGUGCUGCGGCAGUUGGGAAGGAAGGCCGGCGGCAACCAGGAAUCCAUAAUGCGCUGGACUCUCUCGGAGAUGAUACAGAGAUUGAACUGGAAUUCGGCGGGUUCGGCGCUGAGACGCCCGAGGCCAGCCCUGCAGCUUGGGGCACACCGAUCCCUUCGCAGUAUGCCGGCCAGCCGGAUGGUAAUCACGGUGGAGAUGUCCAUCCGCAGAGUGUGCCACAACCUGAUGUUUCGCGGCGCAAGGAUGCAGGGACUACCUGCAAAGAGCGGUUCAACUAUGCAUCAUUUGACUGCGCAGCGACGGUGCUCAAGACGAACCCCGAGUGCAAAGGCUCGUCCUCUGUGCUCCUCGAGAACAAGGACAGUUACAUGUUGAACGAGUGUCGCGCCCAGAACAAGUUCCUCAUUCUGGAGCUGUGUGAUGAUAUCCUCGUCGACACGGUCGUCCUCGCCAACUACGAGUUCUUUAGCUCGAUUUUUCAUACUUUCCGCGUGAGCGUCUCUGAUCGCUAUCCCGCCAAGCCGGACCAGUGGAAGGAACUGGGAGUCUUUGAAGCUAGAAACACGCGCGAGGUGCAAGCCUUUGCAGUUGAGAACUCGCUGAUCUGGGCGCGCUACCUGAGGAUCGAGUUCUUGACACAUUAUGGCCAUGAGUUCUACUGUCCCAUUAGUCUCAUCCGUGUCCACGGAACUACCAUGCUGGAGGAGUACAAGCAUGAUGAGAGCGUUAACCGUGCGGAGCCCGAGGUUGUCGAGACUAUCGAGACCGUUGAGGUUCCUGGCAAAGCCGAAACCCAGCCGAUAGAACCUCCAGCGCAGGAGUCUGUGAUCAGGAGCGAGGAUAAAGUUCAUCUUCAUGGAGUGUGUCCGAACCCUCUCGCUGAAGGGCCAUCGCUUCUUUUAGGACGGGCGCUGUAUUCAUUCAACACUUGCAGCAUUCAUGAACGGCCUUCUGCUAGGAAUGCUGCCGACAAGACUGCCAUGGCUACCAAGAUACCGUCGAACAUCAACCUUACGGCCACGACAGGUGAUGGAGUGCCUGCUACCCAGUCUGGAUUCGCCGCCCCGCCUCAAGCUCCCGAGGAUACUCGAAAGCCAGGGAAUUCGGCGAAAGUUGUAGUAACAACGCCUGAUGCUUCAGUCGCCGCCGACGCUUCUCAGCCGAAUUCGACGGUUGAGAGCACCGGAAAAUCCAUAGCCAACGCCAAAGAAGAGCAGAACAGUCCUCCACCGGAGUCUAAUCGACCUACCUCCACCCAGCCCCCCUCUUCCAACCCGACCACCCAAGAGUCCUUCUUCAAAUCCGUCCAUAAGCGGUUACAAAUGCUGGAGUCAAACUCCACACUAUCUCUGCUGUACAUCGAAGAGCAGUCUCGCAUCCUACGUGAUGCGUUCAACAAGGUUGAGAAGCGCCAGCUCGCGAAGACAUCCACCUUCCUCGAGAACCUGAACGUCACCGUUCUCAACGAACUGAGAGAGUUCCGCGAGCAGUACGACCACGUCUGGAAAUCGGUCGCCUUCGAGUUCGAGCACCAGCGCAUGCGGUACCACCAGGAAGUGCAUUCUCUCAGUGCACAACUCGGCGUCCUCGCCGACGAGAUGGUCUUCCAGAAACGGGUCACCGUGAUCCAAAGCAUCAUGGUUCUCUGCUGCUUGGCCGUGGUCCUUUUCUCACGGGGAUCUGUCAGUAACUACAUGGAAUUCCCCCGGGUCCAGCGAAUGGUUGCGCGGUCCUACAGCCUCCGGUCGUCGUCCCCUCCCUUCGUAUCUCCCUCAACCAGCCCCGUAUCCACGCGGCCGACGUCGUCGUACCACGAGAACGCGGCCCAUCGACGAAACCUGUCAGAUAGCUCCUCGUCGCAAGGUAGCCCCAACAGUCCGGCAGUCGCGUAUAUCCCGCCGACGCCGACAUCCGAUGUGUCACGGGAACCCGAGGACGAGGAGAAGCCUCUGCCACCCCCGUCGCCAGACUCGAUGUCGGUGCCUACGCUGGGGACGCCCCAGUUCCGCUCGCGUAGUACGCCACCGGUGCUGCAUGCGCAUUUCCCGGAUCUGGAUCUGGAUGGUGAGAGGGCGGACACUAUCCUUCCACCGGCGGCCUCGACUCCCCCUGAAUUUCCGCCUCAAACGUCAUAA